AUAAUGAGACAUGGAACUCCCACAGAAACCAUGGCUUGUUUGUCUGAGGAGGAGGCCUUCAUUGGCUAUCCUCCUCGGAGCCGUGGCCCUUUUGGGCCUUUCAUGGCUCCAGACCACAUCUUCCAGGGUGGCGGUGGUAUCGGCGAUACCCCCGCCGGCCCUUGAUGAUGCCGGCGCCGGGCCGGUGAGAAGCUGCUCCAGCUUCUAUCAGCCCGGCCGGCCAAGAAGGGUGGUGUUUUCUAUAGAAAGAUUUGGUGGGGUGGGAGAUGGCAAGACUUCGAACACCGAGGCGUUUCGGAGGGCUAUUGAUCAUCUUGAGAAGUUUGGAGACAAGGGUGGGUCUCAACUCAAUGUUCCAAAGGGGAGAUGGGUUACUGGAAGCUUUAAUCUCACCAGCAACUUCACUUUGUUUUUGGAGAAGGGGGCAGUUAUCUUGGGGUCACAGGAUCCCAAGGAGUGGCCUGUUAUAGAGGCCUUGCCAUCAUAUGGACGUGGGAGAGAGAGAUUUGGAGGGCGCCAUAUCAGCCUGAUUCAUGGGGAUGGACUCACCGAUGUUGUUAUUACCGGACAGAAUGGGAGCAUCGAUGGGCAAGGGAGGAUGUGGUGGGAUAUGUGGUGGAGUAGAACUCUGGAACGCACUAGGGGCCAUCUCCUUGAAUUGGUUAAUUCAAACAACAUUUUAAUCUCCAACCUCACCUUCCUCAAUUCUCCUUUUUGGACAAUUCAUCCAGUUUACUGCAGUGAUGUGGUCAUAAAAAAUUUAACAGUUUUGGCACCUCUUCAUUCUCCAAACACUGAUGGGAUCGAUCCAGACUCGAGUACAAAUGUGUGUAUCGAAGACUGUUACAUCGAGAGUGGGGAUGAUCUAGUUGCUGUAAAGAGUGGAUGGGAUCAGUAUGGUAUUUCCAUGGCUCGUCCUAGCUCAAACAUCAUCAUUCGAAGGGUUUCAGGCACCACUCCAACCUGCUCAGGUGUCGGAAUUGGAAGUGAAAUGUCUGGUGGGAUAUCCAAUGUGGUGGUGGAAGAUCUGCAUGUCUGGGAUUCUGCUGCUGCAGUUCGAGUGAAGACGGAUGUAGGCAGAGGAGGAUAUGUUAGCAACAUUACAAUAACUAAUGUGAAAAUGGAGAGGGUUAAAAUACCUAUAAGAUUCAGCAGAGGUUCUAAUGACCACCCCGAUGAGGGCUGGGACAGAAAGGCACUUCCUAGUAUCACUGGUGUUUACAUUAGCAAUGUCUUUGGUCUCAACAUUGAGAAAGCACCAGUUUUAGAGGGCAUUGGGGGUGCAAAGUUUGAAGGUGUCUGCUUGAGAAAUGUUAGUUUGGUUGGUUUAAGGCCUGGGGCUAAAUGGCGCUGUGAAUUUGUUGCUGGAGAAGCCUACAAUGUGUCCCCAAUCCCAUGCUUCCAGCUUAGGAGCAACGGAUCUACAUCUUGGUGCAAGCAUACCUAGGUUUCAAAUUGCCUAUGAAUGUGACGAUCCUCUCAUCAGCUUUUAGAAGAGUAAUAGCGUGAAUUUUAUCAUUUUUUGUACUUUUCUUUUUCUUUGAUAGGUCAAGUCGGACACACAGAAAUUCUAAUGUACAAAGAAAAUUUUCAGAGCAAAACAAAGAGGUUAUUUUUUAUA